UGUGGAAAGACACGCAUAGACUCAUGCAGCACUCGAAGACAGUGAUGGGAUCUCGGGUCGAGAACAGUCAGCAUUAGCCAUUUACGGAAAAGAUGUGAAUGCCACAGCCUUUUUUUUCAAAUUUCUGAGUUUAUUUUUAGUAACUAAAGUAUCGAUUUGAAUAAAGGUAAAUACAAUAAAGUAACUCAAGCGACAAAGUGUGUUACAAUCAGAUUUAUGUAAACCGCGCAAGUCUUAAUGCACGGCACGGCAACAAUUUCUUCAUUCCCAUAUAAAUAAGCUGCGAAAUUCUGUGCUGACUGAUAGUCGAGAAGCUGUGGUGAUCUUGAAAAGUACUAAUACGAUCGCAGUCGUAUUGCAACAAUUGUGAAAAAUUGAAUAAACAAACCAAAGAGGAGAUAAUAAAUAUGAAGCUCUACUUGUUUACAUUGCUGUUCAUAUUAUUCGCGUCUACUGCGGAAAUUUGUUCCGGACUCUCAUGGCCAUUUGCGAAGGCUGUUAGGGGUUAUCAAGGGGUGAAUAGCUAUUACGGAGUUGGUGGUGGGUACUACAGCGACGCUCAGAAUGGAGACGGUCAUUAUGGGCGCGAUAGACGUGGCAAUAAUCGACGUAGUGGCCGAACCUUUGGAGAUAUUGCCCGAGUUGUUAAUCCACAGCCGUAUGCCUUUGUGGGUGCGAGACCUUUUCCUGGUCAACCGUUUAAUCCAAUUGGUUAGGCUUUGACGUCAAGUGAUGCUGUAGAUAAGUAAUACGAAAUAUAGUGAUUUGAUAAGAAAAAAGCAUGUGCUUGUCAUAUUUUAAUAAAAAAUGUGGUACACUGUGCCGUUUUUAAUUAAUAGUGAUUGUUUGCUUAUGAAGCUUUGAAAUGAUUCACAUACAUAUGUAUAUAUUUUAAGUUUGUCCUUGGCCUCAUAUUUUUUUUUUAGUAAAUAUUAAAUUGCCGCAAAACUGUUAAAUAAAGAUGUCAAGAAGGUA